GUCACUGACACAUGUAGAGUACAAGCGACAAGCAGCGGCCAGACAUCAAGACGAGUGGACAGAUCCGAGCAGAGUUCUCGCUUCAUCUAUGGAAAUUACGGAAGACAUUCCCGAACGCUCUUUUAACCAGACCGCGGCCGGUAUUUCCAGUCAUAACCAGAACAUCUGAAAGGUUACCGGACGGCAACAGUGGAAAUACAAUCUGAAUUCUCCAUUUGCUUGACUCUUUUGCAGCAGCGAAGUAUUGUUGAGUUUGCUGGACUGUGCGCGUUCUUUUCACCGUCUACCGAGAAAACAGACUGCUGUACAUUUCUCUCCAACCAUUGCAUUCCAUAUAGACACAAUGGUGAACCCUGGAGGAAGUGCCCAGCCCCCACCUGUUGGAGCGGGAUCUCUGUCGUGGAAGCGUUGCGCGGGCUGUGGGGGAAAGAUUGCAGACCGUUUUCUCCUGUAUGCCAUGGACAGCUAUUGGCACAGCCGCUGUCUGAAAUGUUCCUGCUGCCAGGCCCAGCUCGGAGAGAUCGGCACAUCCUGCUACACCAAGAGUGGCAUGAUCCUAUGUAGAAAUGACUACAUCAGGUUAUUUGGGAACAGUGGGGCGUGCAGUGCGUGUGGUCAGUCCAUCCCAGCCAGUGAACUGGUUAUGAGGGCACAGGGAAACGUGUACCAUCUCAAGUGUUUCACAUGUUCUACCUGCCGGAACCGGCUGGUCCCUGGUGACAGGUUUCACUACAUCAACGGCAGCUUGUUCUGCGAACACGACAGACCCACAGCACUCAUCAACGGCCAUUUGAGUUCACUCCAGACUAACCCUCUACUGCCUGACCAGAAAGUGUGUUAGGAUGUAGGUGUUGCUCAAAGCAGGAUGUGUGCCUUCAUUUCAGCCCCUCGCUCAUUGUCACUGAAGACCUUUUCGGAUCGGACCCCAUCCCGCUCCUUCUCUCAAAGCUCCGCUACUCCAAACCAGAGGGCCGAUCUCAGGCUUGAGCUCCACCUUGACCUGCGAUCGCCAGAUAUCCCCCUUUCCCGCCCUUUACUCCAAACUCCUGAAUCAUGGAUGGAAAAUACCCAUGAGGCACUGAAGGGGGGGAUACUGAGGACUCUAUGAACUGACCCAGGCGAGACCUCUGAUCCGGAGGGACUCAAAGACUGACACAGAGAGAGACCAGCUGGAGGAUGUUGUUUUUGAGUAAAAAAAAAAAAAAACGAGACCGGAAGGGUGAAAUUAAAAUGACAAAUGAAGCUGAUCCACUGCAGCGAUUUUUGAAUCUUUCAUAACACUUGUUUGAAAAUGUAGUGGGGGAAUACUGACUUUCUUUUUGCCUUUAUAUUUUUGUCCUACCUUGUCUAUUCUCCUUUUCUUCACAACAUGGUAUCUUCUCUUUCUAUAUUUUAGAUGUUGUAAAGGGAACGCGUUUCAUUUCGGAUGAUAUAAAAAUCCCGAAGACUGGGUUCAAAGAAGUAUCCGUGGCUUUUUUUGUGGAAAUCAAAUCAUGAACACUCUUGGUGUAUUUGUAGAACUACCAUGUACAGUAUGUAUGCAUGUAAAUGUUUUUGUCCCAUUGUGGCUACCGUACAUACUACACAAAGCAGCUAACUCUAUUCCCCUUUCCCUCAACCCAGAAACCACGCAACAAACAAGAAAUGAAGCUCAUAGCUGUCAUCCUAUAAAUGCAGAGUGAGAGAGAAUUCUAUUUGUGAUAUUUUCAGAGACAUUUGCUCCAAUAUGGUGUAUUUAAUUAAUAAAAUAAAAAAAUAAGUUUAAAAAUAUCCCUUUUUUAAUCCUAUUUAAAUCAUUUGUGUCAAAGAUUCUUAAUAUGGAAAUUGGGCUGGCAGCUGAAUAUGAAAGUCCUCAUGUUAAAAGUUUGUUUUUAUGCUCAGUUAAGUAUGAAGACUAUGUUUUAAGCGCCAUGAAUUCACCUCGGGUUAGUCCCAAUCUCUCACAGGUGUUCACCUCUGAAAUCACUCAAUAUGAAUUAUGUACAGUAUCUGAAAGAACACUCUCAACAUCUAAUUCUCCAUCAGGAGACCAAAGGAUUUGUAUGAUCUCAGUAAUUCAUCUCGUCGGGUUUCUUUAGCUCAUUAGCAAAACUAUGCUUUUUUUUUUUUUAUUAUUAUUGAACCUCCCUAAAUGCGGUGCCAUCUCUCUGUCCCUUAAUUGUGUCAGUUCAUCUUCUUAUGCUGUAAUUAUGAAUGCUGAUGAUGGGGUGGCUAAUUGAACAUGGAUAAACAUGUAUACUUUCUUCUCUUUUCAUGUGAACAUGCUAUUCAUUCCACGGUCCUUGUAGCGGACAAGAAAAGGAGUGCAGCAAAUGCCCCUUUGAAGAUUCAAUUACCGCGGGGGGGAGAGAAAGGUGUUGCAGCUUUUUGGGCCCGCACUGAAUGGGCUAUUUGCAGAACAAAUCGGCGUUUGAAGCUGCUGCUAGACUUAAUGGGUAUGAAGAGGGCCUGAUUUGCAUUCCCAGAAUGCUCUGCUAUAAUCCGCACUCAGUUGUCGGACAGGUGGACAGGGUGCAUGGUGACAAUCUUUCAUCAUCUCCAUAAUUUUGUAUAGCAUUUUAUUACAGCCUGUGGUAAGGUCUAAACCUACAUCUUUAUUAGAUUUUAUUAAGCUCAUGCACUCUAAAAAAUAAAGUUUAUUUUUUUUUUUUUUUUUUUUUUAGAAGAAGAAUUUUUUUUAAUCUAAAGAGCCAUUUGUGAUAUUAAAGUUUCUUCGUGAAACCAUAGAUGCCAAUGACCCUUUAUUUUCAAGAGUGUAUUUGAGGAGAUCUUGCUACAAAAAUGUUUUACUUUCUGACCUGAAAUAAAAAAAAAAAAAGUGCAUAUUCUGGCGAAAUAAUUCAACUCUGUUCAUAUGGGUUCAUGCUUAGAGACUCACUCUGAAUUUUCUUGCUAAAUUUCUGCCGUCUGUUAAUCAGAACGGGUUGAGGGAGAUAUUUAAGAACACUAGAGCUACAGGGUGAGUGCACAAAACAUCUCGAUGCAUCAUGUACAGUUAUUAUCUGGAGAUACACUUUGAAUGCCUUUAUUAAAGCAACAUGAAACGUGCAAUCAUAA